UCACUUCAUCAAGGAAAUAACAGAAAAAAAGAGAAAACAAAAGGUAGUUGCUAGAAAUCAAAGAAGAGUUGGAAUUGCAAUGAAACAAAAUGAGAGCAGAAUCCUCAUAUUUGGUGGAACAGGAUACAUAGGCAGCUACAUGGUGAAGGCAAGCAUCAAAUUAGGACAUCCCACUUAUGUGUUUACGAGGCCAGAUUCCAACAAGACAGACAUCCUCACCGAGUUCCAAUCCAUGGGAGCGAUCAUAGUCAAAGGAAGAGUCGAUGAGCACGACAAGCUUGUUGCAGCGGUGAGGGAAGUCGACGUGGUGAUAUCCGCGUUGGCGUACCCGCAAGUUCUUGAUCAGCUCAAGAUCUUGGAGGCCAUCAAGAUUGCCGGUAAUAUCAAGAGGUUCCUGCCGUCGGAUUUCGGAUUGGAGGAGGACCGGGUGAGCGCGCUGCCGCCAUUCGAGGCGUUCCUGAAUAAGAAGAGGAGAAUCAGAAGAGCCAUUGAAGAAGCCAAAAUUCCUUACACUUUUGUCUCUGCAAAUUGCUUUGGAGCUUACUUCAUCAACUAUUUGCUCCAUCCUUCCCAUCCAAAUAAACAAGACAUCACUGUUUAUGGCAGCGGCGAAGCCAAGGCCGUGCUGAUCUAUGAAGAAGACAUUGGCAUUUACACGAUCAAAGUCGCCACCGAUCCGAGAACGUGCAACCGCGUCGUGGUGUACCGGCCGCCGGCAAACGUUGUUUCGCAGCUCGACUUGAUUUCUCUCUGGGAGAAGAAAACCGGCAGAUUCUUGAACAAAACUCACAUCACGGAACAAGAAAUUGUUACCCUUUCACAAAGUCUGCCAGAUCCCGAAAAUAUACCAGUUUCCAUCCUUCACAGUGUGUUCGUAAAAGGCGCAACCGCGGAUUUUGAAAUCGGGGAUGAUCUUGUCGAGGCUUCACCACUCUAUCCAGAACUCAAAUUCUCCACCGUUGAUCAACUAAUCGACAUUUUCCUCAAAAACCCUAUCAAACCUGCAUCAGCAGCUUUUGGAUGAUAGUUUUAUUUGAAAAAAUAAAAUAAAAACUACUCUAAUUGUUUGCAUUUUCAUGUGAUUUUAGAAUAAGGGAAGAACAAGACUGGCGAAGAAUUAAUGAAUGUAUUUUCUAUCUG